AUGGUAAUUGUUUUGAGAUUUGUUGAUGUUCAAGGGUUUUUACGAGAGCGCUUUUUUCAUAUUGUGCAUGUUAAGGAUACUACUGCAUUAACUCUAAAGAAAGAGAUAUCCGAUGUCCUCACUCGUUACAAUAAUAUGCGUGAUCAAGGAUGUGAUGGUGCUAGCAAUAUGCGUGGUGCAUGGAAUGUAUUACAAGCCUUAUUUCUUAAUAAUUGUCUGUAUGCUUAUUAUAUACAUUGUUUUGCCCACCGACUACAACUAGCAUUAGUUGCAGCUGCUGAAAUUGAGAGCUCUAUCUGGUUGUUCUUUUCAAAGUUGACUUCCAUUGUCACUCUUAUUGAUGCUUCUCCAAAACGACAUACCGAGUUACAAUCUGCCCAAGCCAUUGAAAUUGAACAUAUGUUAGAUACUGGUGAACGUGAGACGGGUAGAGGGGCUAAUCAAAUUGGUACUUUGCAUCGACCUGGAAAAACUCGUUGGAGGUCUAAUUUUGGCAGCUUGGUUGACAUGUUUACUGCAACUACUAAAGUUCUUGAAAUGAUGUUUGAGAAGGGAUCCUCUAACUCUAUACGUGGGGAAGCUAAAGGUGCUUUGCUUGCAAUGAAAUCAUUUGAGUUCAUAUAUAUUUUGCAUUUGAUGUAUAGAAUUAUGGGAAUCAUUGAUUUGCUUUGUCGAGCCUUGCAACACAAAUCUCUGGACAUCAUAAAUGCCAUGGACUUGGUCUCUACUACAAAAGCACUCCUUCGCACCUUGAGAGAAGAAGAGUACAACAUUGAUAUGCCCGACAUGAGUACUCGUUACAAAACAGCUACGGGUCGUACUUGUCAGCAAAAAGAUGUCCUCACAAUUGAGCAUCAUUAUCUCAUUGAUAUAUUCAACGCCGCAAUAGAUUUUCAGUUGGCGGAGUUGAAUGACAGAUUCAACGAGGGGGUAGUGGAACUCCUUGUCCUUAGCUCGGCUUUAGAACCUAAGGAUGACUUUAAAUCAUUCAACGUUGAUCAUAUUUGCACUCUUGCCGAGAAAUUUUAUCCUGAUGAUUUCACAAAUCAGGAGAGACAUUAUUUGAGAUUACAGUUGGAACAUUAUAAACUUGAUGUACCUCAUCAAUAG